GCUGGUAAGUGGCAACAUCAGAGAGAAACGUCAAAUUAAAGUGAUACAGAACUGCAGACCCACUUUUAUUUGAUUAUGAUUAUUUUUAUUGUUAAAAUAAGCUAAUACUUUGACGGUUGUCUUGCGAAUUAUCGUGUUCGACACUGGGCUACACGAUACAGCCGAGGUACAUGGUAGGUGAGUGUGAUGAUGUCACUCAAGCCCCGUAACGUUGACUUCACGGAGACAUGGGCGCACCUCAAGGAAACGGUGGCGGGCGUGGUGGGUCUCCGCGCGGUGGAGCGGUCGGUGUGGAACACUCGGUUCUCGGACGUGUACGCGCUGUGCGUGGCGCACCCGGAGCCCCUGGCGGACCGGCUCUACGACGAGACCAGGAACUUCCUCGAGGAGCACGUCGCCGGCCUGCUGCAGCGCGUCAGGGGCGCCGCCGCGCUCGAGAACAAUGACCACAACGAUGGCCUGCUCACCAGGUACGUGAGCGCAUGGCGCGAGUACAGUCAGGGCGUGGCCUACCUCAACAGCCUGUACUCAUACCUCAACCUGCAACACGUCAAGCGACAGAAGGUGUCCGACGCGGAGAUCAUCUACGGGUCGUCUGCGACGGUCACUUGCCCCGAACAUGAUGCCAGACAACUCGAGGUCGGUGAGUUGGGACUGGAGAUUUGGGAGCGAGUCCUAAUCAAACCAUUGUCGUCAGCGCUCACUGGUCGCAUCGUCCGCGGUCUGGGCGCGGCGCGGCAGAGCCCGCUGGACCCGGCGCUGGGCGACACGCUGCGCGAGGCCAUCCGCUCGACGGUGGCGGUGCGGGCCUUCCGGCUGCGCGGCCCGCUGCAGCUGUACCAGGCGCUCGUGCUGGAGCCCUACCUCGCCGCCGCCGCCGCCGCGCACGCCCAGCUCGCCGCCGACCUGCUCGCCGCCGGCGACGUCGCGCACUACACCACGCACGCGCUCGCCGGCCUCGACAGGGAGGUGUCGCUGGGCGCGCGCUACCUGGACAGUUCGUCAGCGGAGGCGGUGCGCGCGUGCUACGAGCGCGCGGCGGUGGCGGCGCACCUGCCCGCGCUGCACGCCACCGUGGCCGGCCUGCUGCGCGCCGCCGCCGGCGACCCCGCCGCCCCCACCGCGCCCCCCCCCGCCGAGCGCCGCGCCGACCUGCGCCGCAUGUACACGCUGCUGCGGCCGCUGGGCGCCGCCGCGCUGCGCCCCCUCGUCGACGCCGCGCACGCGCAGGCCGCCGCCGACGGACGCGCCUUGCUCGCGCAACCACACUCCAAGGACGAGGCACACACCCACUUCGUGAACGCGAUGCUAUCGCUGCACGGGAAGUACAGCAAGCUGUUCAAUGAAGUGUUCGGCGGGGCCCAGGCCUUCGUGGGGGCCCUAGACAAGGCAUGCAGCGCGGUGGUGAACAGCGGGGGCGGAGCCCCGGAGCUGCUGGCGCGGUACUGCGACUGCCUGCUGCGGCGCCGCGCCGCCGCCGACGCGGACGUGGACGACAAGCUGGCCGCCGCCAUCGUCGUCUUCAAGUACGUCGACGACAAGGACGUCUUCCAGAAGUACUACGCGCGGGCCCUCGCGCGCCGCCUCAUACACCAGCUCAGCGCCUCCAUGGAGCAGGAGGAGGCCAUGAUCAACAGACUGAAGGCGGCGUGCGGGUACGAGUUCACGAACAAGCUGCACCGCAUGUUCACGGACGUGGCCGUCUCCGCCGACCUCAACGCCAAGUUCCAGCAGCACCUGCGGGACAACAACCUCGCCACCAGCACCGGCUUCUUCAUACAGGUCCUGCAGGCGGGCGCGUGGCCGCUGGGCGGCGCCAUGGCCCCGCUGGCGCCGCCGCCGCAGCUGGAGCGGCCGGCGCGGCAGUUCGAGGCGUUCUACCGCAACCUGUUCAGCGGGCGGCGCCUGGCGUGGCUGCACCACCUGUGCGGCGGCGAGCUGCGCACGCGCUACACGGCGCGCCAGUACCACGUCGCCGCCACCACCGCGCAGUGCGCGCUGCUGCUCAGCUUCGAGGCCGCCGACAGCUGGAGCGCGCGCGACCUGCGCGACCUGCUGCAGCUGGACGGCGACGCCUGGCCGCGCCAGCUGCGCCCGCUGCUCGACGCCGGCCUGCUGCUGGCCAGCGGGGAAGUCGGUGCGGACGAGGAGGAGAUCUCCCCCGAGGCGACGCUGUCGCUGAACCUGGCGUUCAGCUGCAAGCGGACCAAGGUGCGCGUCACGUGCGCCAGCGCGCCGGCGCAGGCCGGGGCCGCGGGGGGCGGCGCCUCCGCCGCCGACGCGGGGGACUCCGCGCACUGCGACGACGACAGGAAGAUGUACCUGCAGGCCGCCAUCGUGCGCAUCAUGAAGCAGCGCAAGGUACUGCGGCACACGGAGCUGAUCCAGGAGGUAGUGUCCCAGGCGCGCGGCUCGUUCGCGCCCUCUGUCGCCAUGAUCAAGAAAUGCAUCGAAGCCCUCAUCGACAAGCAGUACCUGGAGAGGGCGCCCGCGGCGCUGGACACGUACUCGUACCUCGCGUAGGGUAUGAACGCAAACGAAGUUCGACUCUAUUGUUAUUAGUUUUAAAGUUGAUAAUGUUUUUGUUUCUGAAUGUCUCGAUUGCGCGCGUCUCACGCCUCGCCGCCCUCUGCCGCGACCAAUGUAUCGAUGUCGAUAGAUUCCCGUACAGUCGCCCCCGCACUAGUUGAUCUCUCUGUCUCAUUUUAUUACACUUUCAACUUUAUACUAUUGAGGUAGAGUCGAAAAUGCAAUGAAACAAGAAAAUUCAGUCCAGAGUCACCAAAUUCCAACCAAAUCGGCCCAUCUCACAUACUUUCCCAUUUAUAACGUUGAUAUAUUACGUACCUAUGGUUACCGAGCUGCAUUAUCAGAAUGUGUUGAGCAGUUUCUCAUGAUAUUGGAGUUGACAGUUUGUAUAGAACGUCUCGAUCGAUGUAAAUAUUUGACCGCAACUCAAUGGAGAUAAUGUCGACACACUUUGUACAGAGGUGAGAGUGCUUAUAUACAAUAAUAUAUAGAGUGCGGUGCUGCGAGGGUAGUGCGUUCGAAGCCGGCCGAGGCAGUGAGGCGUCGCGCUCACAUCUGUUGUAUAUUUAAUGUACAAUAAUAAUAAUAAUAUAUAUGUAAUAUUUAACGGUAGUAGAGGGCGCUCGCGGCGCACAUAUACAUAUUAUAAUAAACUUGUACCAAGUCGUUACACACGCUUUUAUUUCACCCCCCCGUCUCCCCCCACCUUCCACAGCA